UCCUUUGUUCUUCCGUGCAGGGUCCGCGAUGGCGCUCUCCCUGACGGGGCUCGUUGCCUUCUCCUUCCUGCAAGCCACCCUUGCCCUGAACCCUGAGGACCCCAACGUGUGCAGCCACUGGGAGAGCUACGCUGUGACUGUCCAGGAAUCGUAUGCACACCCCUUCGAUCAGAUCUAUUACACACGAUGCACAGACAUCCUCAACUGGUUCAAGUGCACCAGGCACCGGAUCAGUUAUAAGACGGCGUAUCGGAGAGGCCUCCGGACCAUGUACCGGCGGAGGUCCCAGUGCUGCCCUGGCUACUAUGAGAACGGAGACUUCUGCAUACCCCUGUGUACGGAGGAGUGUGUGCACGGCCGCUGCGUUUCCCCGGACACCUGUCACUGCGAGCCUGGCUGGGGAGGGCCCGACUGCUCCAGCGGCUGCGACAGCGACCACUGGGGGCCCCACUGCAGCAACCGGUGCCAGUGCCAGAACGGCGCCCUGUGUAACCCCAUUACAGGCGCCUGCGUGUGCGCCGCCGGCUUCCGUGGAUGGCGCUGCGAGGAGCUCUGCGCGCCUGGCACCCACGGCAAGGGAUGCCAGCUGCCGUGCCAGUGCCGACACGGUGCCAGCUGCGACCCCCGCACCGGCGAGUGCCUCUGCGCACCUGGCUAUACCGGCGUCUACUGCGAGGAGCUGUGCCCUCCUGGGAGCCAUGGAGCUCACUGUGAGCUGCGCUGCCCCUGCCAGAAUGGGGGCAUCUGCCACCACAUCACUGGCGAGUGUGCCUGCCCCCCAGGCUGGACGGGAGCAGUGUGUGCCCAGCCCUGCCCACCAGGAACAUUUGGCCAGAACUGCAGCCAGGACUGUCCUUGCCACCAUGGAGGGCAGUGUGACCACGUGACUGGACAGUGCCACUGUACAGCUGGAUACAUGGGGGACAGGUGCCAAGAGGAGUGCCCCUUCGGGACCUUCGGCUUCCAGUGCUCACAGCGCUGUGACUGCCACAAUGGUGGGCAGUGUUCACCCACCACGGGUGCCUGCGAGUGUGAGCCUGGCUACAAGGGCCCGCGCUGCCAGGAGCGACUGUGCCCAGAGGGCCUUCAUGGCCCAGGCUGCACCCUGCCCUGCCCCUGUGAUGCUGACAACACCAUCAGCUGCCACCCAGUAACCGGAGCUUGUGCCUGCCAGCCAGGCUGGUCUGGCCGCCACUGCAAUGAAUCCUGCCCUGCUGGCUACUAUGGCGAUGGCUGCCAGCAGACUUGCACCUGUCAGAAUGGCGCCGACUGCCACAGCAUCACCGGGGGCUGCACUUGUGCCCCGGGCUUCAUGGGAGAGGUCUGUGCCGUUUCCUGUGCAGCAGGGACCUACGGCCCCAACUGCUCGUCCAUCUGUAGCUGUAACAAUGGUGGCACCUGCUCCCCAGUAGAUGGCUCCUGUACCUGCAAGGAAGGGUGGCAGGGCCUGGACUGCAACCUGCCGUGUCCCAGUGGGACAUGGGGCCUGAACUGCAACGAGAGCUGCACCUGUGCCAAUGGGGCAGCCUGCAGCCCCAUAGAUGGCUCCUGUUCCUGCACCCCUGGCUGGCUGGGAGACACCUGUGAGCUGCCUUGCCCGGAUGGCACAUUUGGGCUGAACUGCAGUGAACACUGUGACUGCAGCCAUGCUGAUGGAUGUGACCCUGUCACAGGCCACUGCUGCUGCCUGGCCGGAUGGACAGGCAUCCGCUGUGACAGCACGUGUCCAUCUGGCCGCUGGGGCCCCAACUGCUCUGUCUCCUGCAGCUGUGAGAAUGGAGGCUCCUGCUCCCCAGAGGAUGGGAGCUGCGAGUGUGCCCCUGGCUUCCGAGGACCCUUAUGCCAGAGAAUCUGUGCCCCUGGGUUCUACGGCCACAGCUGCGCCCAGCCAUGCCCCCUCUGCGUGCACAGCAGCGGACCCUGCCACCAUGUCAGCGGCAUCUGUGAGUGCCUCCCAGGAUUCUCUGGAGCUCUCUGCAACCAAGUGUGUGCUGGAGGACACUUUGGGCAGGACUGUGCCCAGCUUUGCUCCUGUGCCAACAAUGGGACCUGCAGCCCUAUCGAUGGCUCCUGUCAGUGCUUUCCUGGAUGGAUUGGCAAGAACUGCUCACAGGCUUGCCCACCCGGGUUCUGGGGCCCUGCCUGCUUCCACACAUGCAGCUGCCACAACGGGGCGAGCUGCAGCGCCGAGGACGGGGCCUGCCACUGCACCCCUGGCUGGACUGGACUCUUCUGCACACAGCGCUGCCCAGCAGCAUUUUUUGGGAAGGACUGUGGGCGUGUAUGCCAGUGUCAGAAUGGCGCCAGCUGUGACCACAUCAGUGGCAAGUGCACCUGCCGCACAGGCUUCACCGGGCAACACUGUGAGCAGAGAUGUGCUCCAGGAACCUUUGGCUAUGGGUGUCAGCAGCUAUGUGAGUGCAUGAACAACUCCACCUGUGACCAUGUCACCGGCACCUGUUACUGCAGCCCUGGCUUCAAAGGAAUCAGGUGUGACCAAGCUGCCCUCAUGAUGGAGGAGCUGAAUCCCUACACCAAGAUCAGCCCAGCACUGGGUGCAGAGCGGCACUCGGUGGGUGCUGUCACAGGCAUCAUGCUCCUGUUAUUCCUCAUUGUGGUGCUGCUGGGCCUAUUUGCCUGGCAUCGGCGGCGGCAGAAAGAGAAGGGCCGAGACCUGGCUCCCCGCGUCUCCUACACACCUGCCAUGAGGAUGACCAGCACCGACUACUCCCUCUCAGGUGCUUGUGGAAUGGAUAGACGUCAGAACACAUACAUUAUGGACAAAGGCUUCAAAGAUUACAUGAAAGAAUCCGUGUGCAGUUCUAGUACUUGUUCCUUGAAUAGCAGUGAAAACCCUUACGCCACAAUUAAGGACCCACCCAUCCUCACCUGCAAGCUUCCAGAAAGCAGCUAUGUAGAAAUGAAGUCGCCUGUGCACAUGGGGUCUCCGUACACAGAUGUGCCAUCCUUGUCGACAUCUAAUAAAAAUAUAUAUGAAGUUGAGCCCACAGUCAGUGUGGUCCAAGAAGGUCGCGGUCAUAACUCCAGCUAUAUCCAGAAUCCAUACGACCUACCUAGGAACAGCCAUAUUCCUGGUCAUUAUGACCUCCUCCCAGUAAGACAGAGCCCUGCCAAUGGGCCGUCCCAGGACAAGCAAUCUUAAGAGGGAUAAGCUUCUCUCUUGCAGUGUGCUCUACUGAAUAUUCUGACUCUCUGAAAGAAGACAAUCCCUUGACUUGAAGUAAUGGUACAGACUGGCUCCAGCUGCAUGUUAGUUAUUACGUUCACCUGGAACUAAAGAAGAGCGUCCAGGUGGGACUGGGAUAAUUGUUCAAGGAAUUGUGUUCUCAAAGGCAAAUCCUAUCACCCACUCAGCCCCAAAUGCCCUGGAUAUGAUUUUUAAAACAUUUUAAGAUAUAACAACUCAUCAACAUCAGCUAAAUAUAGCUGAUACAUAUAUAUUUAUCUGAAACGUGAUAUUUUAAAAACAUGUAGGUUUAACCAACCUUCCUAGGACAAAAAGGAGACUGGGGAGGGAAGAGGAUUACUUUAAAGCACCUAAAACGUAUAUGUACUUUUGGUUGCUGUUAUCAUCAACAUCUGUUUUAUUACUGAAGACAAUUAGUACAUAGACAUGAACUGUUCUUAAAUAGAACAGUCUUAAAAUAUCUGUACAUAUAUGUCUGGUCCAUCAAAUUACAACAGCCAAGAUUACAGAAUCUAGUAUAUAGUCUUAUGCUGACAACUUCCAUUUUAAAAAAACAAGACUUUACUUUCUUCUGCCCCGAUAGGUUUAAACACAUACACACACACACACACAUAUCCAAAGUGCAGCAACAAGUCUGCAUCAAGAUUCCUAGGGCAGCUUUAUCAAAUUUUGCCAAUUCGAAGUUUAAGGACAUUACAAGUCAGUGCUGGCUAUGUCAUACCUACUUAGUCCAUUCAACACCUGAAUCAUUCCAUGUAAAACAGAGCUCUAAGAUGAUCCUUUAAGCAAGCAGUCACAGACUGGUUGGGAUUAAGUAUCCCUAAAGACGGCUAGUUGGCCUCCUCAUUUUAUUUGGUCAGCAUCCCUUGACUCAAAAGAAUACUUGCUUCCAAGUAGUACUUCAUAAAUCUUGGGAUUGAUGUAGUAUGAAACCUAAAAGUAUACAGGAAAUUGGACAAAUGUGGAUAUAGGAAAUUUACAUUGCUUAAAGUACAUUACGCUUUUUGAUGGAACUAAAUGAAAUGAUCAAAAAAAGAAUGAACUGUAACCAGUUGCUGUAACGUGAUGUAAAAAGUUACUGUAAACAGCAGGGGAUAUGAAGUCCUUCCACCUUCUAUCUUAAAACUACUACUUACUGAGCUAGCCCAAUAUGCAUUACAAUGAGCUAAUGCUCCAGAUCCCAGUAUUCAGAUGUGUCUGUACCUUCCACUAUGAACAUAGAUAAACUGAGGCUCAGAUGAGUCCAAAUGAAGUCAAAUCCCAAGCCCUAAAGAGAACCUUCUCACAAGAAUUAAAAACAAAAAGGGCAAACCUAGGAAGCUAAUGGCUACUCCUGUACCACUCUAUUCACUGGUACAGUCCAGCCAGUAAAAAACACUUCCAAAAAGAUAUACAGAAGAGGAACUAAAUGAUUACAAAGCUGGAAUACUGCUACAGCAAGUAUGAGAGUUCUGAAACCCUUGACAGAAAUUGGAAGCCUGCCAUGGAACACAAUACUUUGGGCAAUAAUCAGAAAAAGCAAAAAAAUAAAUAAAUGAGUACAUCUCCCCUUCCCACGUCACUCAAGGCAUAAGCAAAUUUUACUGUUAGAGGAAAAUAUAUAAUACUUACAUGAAUGCUGCAUGUGUGCAUGGGAACAACUGAUUAGCAAUAGUAAAUUUACUUUCCAAAAAAGCCUUAUUAAAACAUAAAUAUUAGAAAAUUACUUUGUAGACCCAAGUAAAUAUUUCUCAUACAUAUGUAGAAAGAAAUAUAAGUAAGCGGCUUACCUCAGUAUUUCAGGGCAGCAAGUGUUUGUGAAGCAAAGAUGAAGAAGCAUGAAGAUGUCAGAUUAGCAAGGAGAAACUUCAACUCAAUCCCAGGUUUUCUCUUCUUCCCUUAUCCUGCAUGUAUAAUAACUGCUGCCUGGCAAACUACAAACAAGCAGCAUUACUGAAGUUUCAAGUUUCGCCUCUUUUGUCAACUAUCCUCUGGGCAAAGGUAUUCAGCAAGAGGUGGAAAGACUAGGCACUGAAUCAAGAGAUUUCAGUGUUACUCUGGUCAAGUUAGUUGCCCUCUCUGGGCUCCUUUUUUUUCUAUGCAUAAAAAAGGGGAGAAGCAGAGAGUGGGAAGACAGCUCUAAUAACCCUUCAGCUCUAGCAUUCCAUGACUUUUUAAGGAAAUAUAAUACAAGUCAAACCAGGCAAUACAGAGAAGGGAAAGGCAGAAGGUGUGAUUAUGGUGACAAUAGCUGCCUUCACCUACCGAAGAGUUAUCAGUAAAAGACAUUUCAAUCUUACAAAGCAACUGUUAGAAACUUCUAACACCAUCACAAAUAGGUUCAUGGUCAGCCUAAACAUGUGCACUGUGCAUUUUAUGGGUGACUUUGAAAGAUCUCAAUUAUUUUUCAGAAACUAAAUUUUCAGACAAAUAUGUGUACAAUUAAAAUGAAUGAAAGAAAAACCAUUAUUGUACAGUAGUAUUAAUGAGACUGUGAAAUCGCAAUACUUUUUUAAAUCACAGAUUUGUAAUAUAUAUGUUCACUGUGCAGAGGGAUUGUACCUUGUACAAAAUAAAACAAAUUUCUCAAACUAA